UAGUUCUCUGAUCACAUGCCGCGGGGUCUAGUGGGAGGAGCAGUUGCCCAGCGGCUGCUUGGCGCUUCCUGUUUCCGGUUCCCGGAGUGGGGAAUCUGCGAGGCACUUAGGGGGACACUGGCCUCUGACACGAGCUCUGGGACCGGGGUCCGCGGCUGGCCACUCGCUGGCCCCGUCUCCCAGAUCCAGACAAGAAUUCACCGGGGGAUUCUGAGCAGUGAUUGCACCCUUUGCCCGUGGCACGAUGCUCCCCUUCAGCUGCUGGAGGACCGGCCUGCUGCUUCUGCUUCUCCACGCUGCGGCUGUGAAAGAAACCUGGCAGGCAGAAGAAAAAACCUGUGACCUCGUAGGAGAAAAAGGCAAAGAGUCAGAGAAGGAGUUGGCUCUACUGAAGAGGCUGAAACCACUUUUUAACAAAAGCUUUGAAAGCACUGUGGGCCAAGGCCCAGAUACAUAUAUCUAUAUGUUCAGGGUGUGCCGGGAAGCUAGCAACCACACAGCUGGAGCAGGCCUGGUGCAGAUCAACAAAAGUAACGGGAAGGAGACGGUGGUAGGGAGACUCAAUCAGACUCACAUCUUCAAUGGAAGUAAUUGGAUCAUGCUGAUCUAUAAAGGAGGUGAUGAAUACGACAACCACUGCGGCAAGGAACAGCGUCGUGCAGUGGUGAUGAUCUCCUGUAACCGACACACCCUAGCGGAUAAUUUUAACCCUGUAUCUGAGGAGCGAGGCAAAGUCCAAGAUUGUUUCUACCUCUUUGAGAUGGAUAGCAGCUUGGCCUGUUCCCCAGAGGUCUCCCAUCUCAGUGUGGGUUCUAUCUUACUUGUCACGUUUGCAUCACUGGUGGCUGUGUAUAUUAUUGGGGGGUUUCUAUACCAGCGACUGGUGGUGGGAGCCAAGGGAAUGGAGCAGUUUCCUCACUUGGCCUUCUGGCAGGAUCUUGGCAAUCUAAUAGCCGAUGGUUGCGACUUUGUGUGCCGUUCUAAACCCCGAAAUGUACCUGCUGCGUAUCGCGGUGUUGGGGAUGACCAGCUCGGGGAGGAGUCAGAAGAAAGAGAUGAUCAUUUAUUACCAAUGUGAUAGCACUGUAAAUGUCCAACCUCUUCAGCACCCCCAAACCAAAGCAUACUCAGCCAGAUUUCUCAAGUGUCUCCACUCAUCCAACCCUAGGCACUGCUCUUGCUUUACAGACUGCUUUAUUUUUAUCUUC